AUGGCGACGAGUUCCGCAGCCGUUACGGCUACAAAAGGACCCAAGCUAAAAGUUUUACCCUUCGAUCCUCAUGGUGAUCGGUUGGACCUAGGAAAACGAUGGGAAAAGUGGUUUGAAUGGUUUGAGAGAGACCUCAAAUACAAUGGAUGUGACCCAAGUAAAACCCCAGAAAUAGCCAAAAUGGCCCUGUUAAUAUACGCAGGCACUGAUGUUGAAAACCUGCACGACACGCUGCCAGAACCAGGCAGACCAGACGGGGUAGAAGAAGCAGAUUGGACGGUGUAUGAGAAGUCAAAAACCAAAUUGGAAAUACAUUUUUCACCAAAACAGUGUAAUGAUUUCGCCAUUUUUGAGUUACUCCGAAUGAAGACAGAGCCCUCGGAAAGUAUCACAAGUUAUGCAACGAGACUGCGUAAAGCGGCAAAAAAGUGCAACUUUACAGAUUGGUCAGCUGAAAAGAUGAUUAAGAGCCUAAUCAUUAGUAAUAUGUAUCAUGAUACCCUUCGCCUAAAAUUUCUACAGAAGGAUCGAACACUCGACCAAAUCUUAGAUAUCGCAAGAAAAAAAGAAGAUGCUGUCGCCCGAAAGUGCCCAGCCUUAACCAGAGUCUGCAACUAUUGCAAGAAGAAAGGACACUAUGCCAGCAAGUGUUUCAAGAAGCAAAAGGAAGCAGGAGUCAAGCGUAUCGAGGAAGAGUCCCAAGACAACACUGAGAAUGACUCCGACACAGAUGAGUAUGAUGUGGCCCAAAUCGGAUUUGUAAACAAUCUUGGGAUGAGGGAGAAGCCAUCGUUGAUGAGAGUCCGUACCAACGACCAAGAAGUAUUGUGGCAACCAGAUACGGGGACCCAAAAGAAUGUUUGGGAUGAGAAACAAUUCCGCAGCUUUGAGAAGAAGACCAAGGAACCGGUAAAGCUGUCGCCAACAAAUAUCAAGCUGUUUGCAUAUGGGGGCAAGACACCACUGUCGGUCAUUGGAUCGUUCAAAGCAGUAUUGGCAGCAGGGGAUCGGACAGUCAGCACCGAAAUAUAUGUAACAUCGGAACCAUCCGCCUACCCACUACUCUCUGAACAGUCAGCAAAGCAGCUACAGCUAGUCAAAUACAAUGAAAGUUUCCUCGUAAAGCAAGUAUCCGAGCCCUGUAAGAAAGUUAUGGCAACAGCCAGACGCCAAGAGGUAGCAGACAUGAUUGCAGACAACCCAGAGGUAUUCACGGGCAAGAUCGGUAAAGCCAAGACGAAGGAAGUGUCACUGAUGAUCGACGACAGUAUCACACCUGUUGUUCAGAAACAAAGACGAAUACCGUUCAAUCUCUUGGACCGGGCAGAAAACAAGAUCCAAGACCUCCUCGAUCAAGACAUCAUUGAACGAGUCCCGGACAACCAGCCACGUAGUUGGGUUAGUCCCCCAGUAAUUGCUCCGAAACCAGAUUCCAAUGAUAUUCGUUUCUGCAUUGAUAUGCGUAUGGCGAACGAAGCUAUACAAUGCCCGUGUACACAGAUACCAACAAUGGCGGAUAUCGUAAACAAAUUCCAAGGAGCAGAACGCUUCACCAAACUGGACCUCAAGGAAGCAUACCACCAGUUUGUUCUAGACGAGCCAUCGCGCAACAUCACCACAUUCUAUGGCCCUGAUGGCCUCUACCGUUACAAGAGGCUCAACUACGGAACCAAGUCUGCCCAGGAUAUCCUCCAGCUGGAGAUGCACAAGAUGCUGUCUGGUGUCCCAAACCAAGUGAACAUAGCGGAUGACAUCUUGAUCGGCGGAUCAGUUGAAGAGCAUGACACAACCUUGCAGAAGGUCCUGUCAGCUUUAACCAGCAAUGGCAUCACGGUGAACCCAGACAAAUGCAUCUUCGAUGUAGAGGAGGUGUGCUUUGUUGGACUGGUGUUCAACAAGUAG